UUUAACUCCGCCCAGAUGUGAACGAGCUUGAGGUUUCAUUGGUCGGCAUAGGGGUAGUUUAAUAGUAGGCGGGAUUCAACGAUUUGCGACCUAGACUCACUAUCCUUUGACUUCGCGGGGUGAGUUCUCUUGCCCGAUUCGGGCUGCGCGAACAUCCAAUGCUCUAUGCAUCGGACACUUUUACGUAUCUGUAAGCUACUGCAACUUGUGUUAAAUUCACUCAAAGUUAUACUACUGGUGAUUACGAUUUAAUUUGUAUAAUAGUUGAAAAAAAAAUUAUAAUCGUGUAAAGUGAAUUAAUAUUUGAAUUAUUAACUGAAAUUAAUCAAACAAAUAAAACUGUCAUCGUGCCUAAAGAAUGGAAGGACCAGCAAUAUUAUCGUUGGCGCCUCCCAACUCCCAGAAAUCGUCGCAAUCAAGUCCCCUGCCACAACUCCAUUCAAAAUCAAACCAGGUUGGAACAGUAUCUCUGUAUGGAAUCCACAUCGUGUCACUGAUGAUUGAAGGUCAAGAACGUCUUUGUCUUGCUCAAAUUAGCAACACCCUCCUUAAACAAUUUAGUUACAAUGAAAUUCACAACAGAAGAGUUGCCUUGGGAAUCACAUGUGUUCAGUGUACGCCCGUACAAUUGGAGACUCUCAGGCGAGCUGGUGCUAUGCCACCAUCAUCUAGACGCUGUGGCAUGAUAACAAGACGUGAAGCUGAACGACUGUGUAAAUCAUUUUUAAGUGAUAAUUCUCCGCCAAGACUUCCAGAUGAUUUUGCGUUUUCUGUUCAUCAUGAGUGCACCUAUGGAUGUCGAGGUGCUUUUGUUCCGUCCCGUUAUAAUAGUUCGCGCGCAAAAUGUAUAAAAUGCGCGUACUGUAAUUUAUUUUUUUCUCCAAACAAAUUUAUCUUUCAUUCUCAUGAGACUAAUCCUAAUAACAAGUACGUACAGCCUAACGCCGCAAACUUUAACUCUUGGAGACGUCACAUGAAACUCUCGGGAAAUCCACCUGACCAUAUUAUUCAUGCCUGGGAAGAUGUAAAAGCAAUGUUCAAUGGUGGAACUAGAAAACGUCUAUUGUCUAAUCAAGGAUCCCGCGAAUCAAUUGUUCCAGCGAAACGAGCAAGAUCAUCACCAACUGUUUUAACACCACCAGCAAUUACAACAUCUGUACCAACACCUCCUGCACAUCCUGUAUUACCUCGAGUACCACCAUUUCCAGAAUUACCACUUCCUUUGUCAAGAAGCCUUGUUAUGGAUUAUAUGUGGCAUCAACAAGCGACGGCUGCCGUCGCUGCCAGUAAAACGCCGGGUUUUCCUUUUCCAUCUUCCGCACUUCCUUGGUUAUAUAAAAGAGCGCCUGUACUAUUUCCAGGACAUUUACCAGCAACAUUGAGUGGCACAGGAACAAUUGAACCUAUAAUGCCUUCGGUAACAGCCUCACCGCUUCACCAAUCGGCUUUCCGUCCAGUAAUCCGACCAUCACCAAUAGUUGAGCCGAUACAACGUCAAGAUUCUACUUCAGAGGUUACUGCCGACAAAACCGAUGAUUCUGACGAUGAGGUUGACAUAGAAACUACCGAGGAUGACGAUCAUUCGGCAACAUCUCCACAUAAUUUACGGACUACCACGUCUGCAUCGAAUAAUAAUAAUUCGCAAAAAAGCUCUUCGCCGCAGUGUUGGAGUCCUCCAAGAGAAACAGAACGAGAAGCGGAAAAAAUAUCUGAAGAGAGUGCAACAAUUAAUGACGUAAAACCAACUGUUCCAUCACCAAAAGCGUUGGAUAAUUGGAAUGCAAAUACAUUUUACCGAAAUAUAAAUGUAAUGAAAAAUGCAGAAACACGUGAGUUAACCAUUCCAGAUUGUUCGGCUUGUCGACCGAAAACAAUAUUUUAUGAUUUAGUAAACAAUAAUCCAACUUCAACGAAUUAAUAUAAAAUAAUAAUAAUAAAGAUGAUAAUUAUUAUUUAACCAUAACAAAAAAAUUAACUAUGCAAUUGAAUACAUUAAAUAAAAAUUUUUAUUAUUUACUUAAUAAAUUUUUCAAAUUAUAUAGAAAUUAAAAUCUUAAAAAA